GUACGCUCCCAGAAGAUGUCGGUUCAAGUUUUAUCAGCAGGUUGUGUUCUUUCACUCUUGGAUGAAAGAGAUGUAUACCUUAAAAACUACGCCUUACAAAAGCUUGACCUUUUGGUGGAAGAUAACUGGGCUGAAAUUGCGGAUUACUUGGAAAAGAUAAAACCUCUAUGCGAAGAUUCUUCAUUUAGUGAACGUCGGUUAGCCGCUUUACUCGUGUCUAAAAUCUACUAUCACUUGGGAAAUUAUAAGGAUUCUCUAAAAUAUGUUUUACUCUCUGGCGAAACUUUCAACGUCAACGAAGAUUCUCAAUAUACCGGGACAAUGAUAUCUAAAGCUAUACAGCAAUAUGUUAUCCUUCGCUGCGAACCACCCCAAGAUUUAGAGUUCACUGUUAAUUCCAGAUUAGAGCAAAUCGUGGAUCUCAUAUUUGAAAAAAGUUUAAAUAAUGGACAGUUUAGACACGUAAUUGGGAUCGCCUUGGAAAGUAGACGAACAGACAUAUUUGAGCGCGCUAUCGUUUCCUCGAGAAAUCAGCAUGAGUUGCUCAAAUAUUCACUAUUCGUCUGCAUGAAUUUCAUACAGAGCAGAAACUUCAGAAAUACAGUUUUGGAGAUUCUCGUAAAAUUAUUUAUGAGCUUGGAGCAUCCGGACUACGUGAAUAUUUGUCACUGCUUAAUUCAUUUGGACGAUACACUUCAAACAGCCUCCAUGAUUGGCCGGUUGCUUAUAGCCGACGAAAAGAGUCUUCUUCUUGCCUUCCAGCUGUGCCUGGACAUCUACGAAAGCGCUUCGCAGCAUUUCAUCAGCGCGUUAUCGGUUUCAUUGCAAAAAGAGCCCCAAGAAAACGCUACUUUUAAAGAAAAUUUGGAUAGAGCGCUUUCUAUUUUGUCUGGUAAAGUUACCAUAAAUAUUCAUCGAGAAUUUCUUUUUCGGAACAAUAAGACGGACUUGCUCAUUUUGUAUAACUAUAAACAGUCCUGCGGUAUAAGCGCCGUCUGCCACAAUGCAAUCGUCCUCGCGCACGCUUACAUGCAAGCGGGAACGACCGACCACAAGUUUCUACAAGAGAAUCUGGAGUGGCUCGGGCGCGCUCAGAAUUGGGCAAAGUUUAGCGCUACUGCCACGCUCGGAGUCAUCCACCGAGGGCAAAUCAGAAAUUCCCGAAAUAUAUUAUCUUCUUAUUUGCCCCGUGGCAAUACCUCGAGCAUCUAUACCGAAGGCGGCUCGCUGUUUGCCUAUGGUCUUAUCCACGCCAACCACGGCGAUGAUGUUCGCGGCGACUUGUUGGAGUACUUGAAGGAGUCGUCGGUGGUCGAGGUUUUACACGGUGCCAGCCUGGGCGUGGGCGCCGCCAUGAUUGCCACCAGCGACAAGGAAGUAUACGCUGAACUCUACAGAAUACUACAGACCGAUAGCGCCAUCGCUGGCGAAGCAGCGGCCAUUGGGAUGGGCUUGGUUCUUUUAGGAACAGCAGAGGCCGAGUGCGUCGACCAAAUGCUUCAAUAUGCACGAGUGACGCAACAUGAAAAAAUUAUCAGAGGGAUCGCGCUUGGCAUUGCUUUUCUGAUGUAUGGACGAGAAGAAGAGGCGGAUCCUCUUAUCUCUGAACUCUGCAAGGACAAGGACUCUGUCAUACGCAUGAGCGGGAUGCACACCAUUGCAAUGUCUUACGUGGGAACGGGAAACAAGAAGGCCAUCCUGAGGCUUCUUCAUUAUGCUGUUAGCGAUGUUAGCGAUGACGUUCGUCGCACAGCUGUCUCUUCUUUGGGCUUCUUAUUAUUCCGAACUCCCGAGCAAUGCCCUUCCCUCGUUUCCUUAUUAGCGGAGAGCUACAACCCUCACGUGCGAUACGGAGCCGCCAUGGCCUUAGGGGUGUCCUGCGCUGGGACGGGUCUGCGAGAAGCCGUUACUUUACUUGAACCCAUGACUAGUGACGCAGUGGAGUUUGUUAGACAAGGGGCCCUAAUUGCUCUGGGAAUCGUUCUUAUACGGCAAUCAGAGGCUCGUGUUAAAAAGGCUGGCGUUAUUAGAAAACUUUUUGAAAAAGUGAUAAACGACAAGCACGAAGGCCCUCUUGCCAAAAUGGGCGGAAUCCUCGGCCAAGGCAUCAUCGAUGCCGGUGGCCGGAACGUUACGAUCUCGUUGGAGUCUCGGACGGGCCACACCUCCAUGAAAACCGCCGUUGGUCUACUUCUUUUCCAGCAGUUUUGGUAUUGGUUCCCCUUGGCAAACUUUCUUUCGCUGGCCUUCACUUCGACCGCGCUUAUUGGCUUGAAUAAAGAGCUCAAGAUGCCGGCUUUAGAGUUCAAGUCGAACUGCAAGCCGGCCUGGUUUGCCUAUCCCUCUGCCAUUCAGAAACCCCAUGAGGCCCCGCGUUCCCGCUUCUCGAGCGCUAUACUUUCCUUCACGGAGAGAUUUUUAAAGAAGCGCGAGCGAAGAGAUCUCGACAAGGAGGCCCCGCCCUCCGACGUCGAGGAGCACAAGAUGCACGUGGAUAGUAAAGAAUUGGAAACUGAAAAGGAGGCGCUUUCCGAGAUGGAGGAACCGAAGGAAAGCAAAGGGGAGAAGGCGACAGAGAAGGAAGCGCCGGCGGAGUUAACAUACGAAUUACUUUCCAAUCCGGCGGCAGUGGCCCCAGAGCAGUUGAAGUAUGUUGUGCUCCCCCCCGACUCGAGGUACCGACCAAUCCGGGAGCUCGGCGGCAUCGUUUUGUUGGAGGACACCACUCCGGAUGCGCCCGCCGAAUUCGUCGAGUUUUCUGCUCCUCAAUUUGAAAAACAAGAGGAUGAAAAAGACGAACCCGAACCGCCGCAGCCCUUUGAAUACGACGAAGAUGAGGAGACUACAACGAACGAGACUUAAAGAAAUCCUAUUGAAAGAACUAUAUUAAUAAACUUCGGUGGCUGGAUAUUUUUUUAACGGGGCUUCUUUUAUAAUUACUACUCUUAGAAG